UCCAGUGUUCUUCAAAGUGGAUCUGCAUUACACUACUGUAAAUUGUCUGUAAACUAACCAAAUAUAAUUUGCCUAGUGUUAUGAGACAGCCGAUGGACGUGUUGCACAACAAUACGCACGAGUCAUUCAGUCUGAAUGAGGAGGGUGCUAUGGUUGUGUCCAGUGACGGAGUAGAUUUCUCAUCCUCGCUAUCCAUAGACAAGAAGCGAGCUGAUUCCUACCUGAUACUGGCGCUCGUCGACCAGCUGUCUUCAUACAUUGAGCCCAAUGAGCCUUCUAAACCGGCCAAGUUCCUGCUAGGUCAUCUGGUUAGAAGAAAACUCAUCCCAGAGCACAUGGCACUUGAUUUUGAGAUGGACAUAACCGGAAACCGCAAGGCUUUCAAAGUCCUCAUCUCACAGUUGACAGGUGAGAUGAGUGACCAUUUCUCGAGAUCCGACAGCAACGCUCUGCUGAGAUACCACAACACUCAGAAACAGAACACCCGAAACGAAGCUAACAAUAUUGGUAGCAUUCCAAAGAAGGUGCUUCUGGAUGUCACUCCAAAUAUACCCAGAUUUAGGCUUGACUUCAAAGUGAUCCAGACCCUGGGCAAGGGUGGCUUUGGGCAGGUUUAUAAGGCUCAGCACAAUGUAGAUGGAAAAAUUUAUGCGAUUAAAAGAGUUAGUAUGAAAGAUAAGAAACCAGCCUGUAGUGCCGUCAGGGAAGUGAAAAUCUUGGCGAACCUAGUGCACCCCAACAUUGUUCGGUAUCAUAACUGUUGGUUGGAGGCUGAUUUUCCUCGAAAACGGCGCAUUCACAACCAGAAACUACGCGAACUCAAAAACAAUUCCAGAUCAUCAGACAGAUCCAAUCCCCAGGACAGUUUCAGUAUGUCAAGCUACAGUAAUUCAACCGUGGACAAUGAUGACCUUGAAAUUGUGUUCGAACACUCAAUUGGUAACAGCAGAAUUGAGGACAACCAGAAAGCUAUCCCGUAUUCUGAUAAAUCAGAACCAGUAUAUUCAUCCUCAUUUCCCGAAUCCAAUAGCCUUUCCUCUCACUUUUCAAAACCUAUGGCUCAAGUGGAACCGUACCGACAACCUCAGUGUGGCUUAAUCCUGAAUAUCCAGAUGCAGUGCUGUGACACGGACUUGGCCCAGAAACUAAGGAAACGCUCUGAGAUCAGUGUACCCGAAAACUUGAAACUCAUGAGAGAUCUUUUGGCGGGUCUCGAGUACCUUCACGCCAACAACAUUAUUCACAGGGACAUCAAACCUUCCAACCUGUUCCUUGACAAGGACUCUUUACAGAUCGGUGACGUGGGCCUUGCCCGAUAUAAUCUCCUUGACGCGGAGGGGUGUGGCUUUACCAAUCCCAGACAGAAUGGUCUGAGCGAGGACGAACAUUGGAACAGUCUGCUCUUUGCAGAUGAUCUCACCCGGUCGGUAGGAACAUUCCUCUAUGCCGCUCCAGAAAUGAGCGGUAAUAGUAAGAUAUACCACUGCUCCUCAGAUAUAUUCUCCUGUGGUAUUGUCAUGUUUGAGCUAUUUAAUAUGUUCGGUACGAACAUGGAACGGAUUGAGAAUUUGCAGGCGAUACGGAAGGGAGAAGUCCCACCAGAUUUUGAGAGAGAUUACCCUGAGGCUGCUGAGAUGGUCUUCUUCAUGACUAGCACCGAUCCCAACAAUCGACCUACCGCCAGUGAUCUUCUCCGUCAUCCUUUCUUCAGCAAGCAAGGCGAGAAGACGAUGGAGCAAGCUGAAUUGGUCAUCAAGCAGUUAGGCGCACAGCUGGAGAAAGUCAAGAAGCGGCUGGAAACAGAACGAUCUAUCUCGCGUCAGCUUCGACUCCAGCUAUCAGAUUUCCGCACCAAAUGCACUUGUAACGCAUCUCGUGGCAACAUCGAGGAAAUAUUCAACAAGAUAGAGGAUGUCAGAUAGACAUGUCCUAACAACUCUUCUUGGCCUAUAUCAGUGCUUAAUUAUUACAAUGUCACAAUUAAUGUUUGUUGCAGGGCUCUGCUUGGCGUGAACUGAAUCUGUUAACUUCUACAUAAAUUAUAAUAAUUUAGUUUACGCUCAAGUCGGGGCUAUCCAAAAAAAUGAUGCAGCGAUAAGCAUGUAAUUUUGUGUAUAUUUCUCUUUGUCCAAUACGGUAAUGAUUAUGACGGGCUGAGAUCUUGGGCUACCUGAAGGCAGCUAAGUUAGUCAAGUGGUACCAAAUUCCUUAAAAAUAUCUAUGACGACAUGUUCGCCGUUUUAAGACACGGUUCGAAAGUUCGGCUAAUCCACAGCGUUGGACAGUCGACACGAACGGCAUACAAGUUUUAGAUCUAAAAUCCUAAUUUAUAAUGGUCGGUACCGACUACCAGUACCUAGUAAUGACGUGCAUAACUUGGAGUAACGGAAAAGUUACUGCCAAGUUUGCGAAUCAGCCAAGUUGCUUGUCACUCCUUCACAUCUCUGCUGCGUGCGCUAAAUGUCAAAUUUAAGAGGUCAAUGAUUUCUUCACAUUUUAUCAAUUGAUUCCGUUCUAGUGGAACGAUAUAUUUAAAUCAACCCUUGGAGGAUGUAGCAAUUUUUUUCAUUUUAAAUCAAAAAUGUUGAUCAAAGUUUCAUCAUGCUAACAAUAAUCAACUUCAUAAGGCUUAUUUCUAUAUCUUGUUUUGGUGAAAGCUAAAACUUCCUUCCAUAUUGCUCCAUCCUCCUUUCAAAAUUAUUGAAAACCAAAGAUAAUAUGAUUGUAUAAUUGUGUUUAUGUUUCGAUUUUUAGUUAUAUAUAUUAUUGCACUCAGAGUUAAGGUCAGAAAGUUUUUUCAGUAGUUUGUACGACAUUAUCCAUAUUAUGUCUAAUUGCCAAUUAUUGGCUAUGUAUCAGUAUAUAUCAUGGAUUCACGGAGCUCAUAAAUCCUUUAAUUUUGGGAUUUCUUGAUGUCUCCUGACGUGUUUGGUUUCCGUUUUGGUUUAAUCUGAUGGUAGUUCACAUUUUUUGGUUAAAGUUCAGGGCCUGUUUUGUUUAUCUCCUCAGUUUAUUUCAAAAUAUAAGUCUUUAUUUGAAGAAUUAUUUCUAAUUUGUUGGGCCGCUGCUCCCCAAGAUGUAGAAAAUAGUAUCUUUUAGUUUUACUAAAUAAAAUAUGUCCAAAAUACACCUGAAUAACGUCACUUAUGAUAAGAUCAAAUAUUUGACAUGUGUUUCAUGUAAGCUUGGAGUUAAAUCUUCUUGCUUCGCAUAAUUUAACUUGCUCUUGUUAAUAACAAUUAUGAAGCCGAAAUGAUUUGAUCCGGGCAUUAAAGUUAUCGAUGAUUGAUGAUACGUACGAUAUUACCGGUAAUUAAUUAAUUACCUGACGGUAACGAAGAUUGGCAUUGAGUAUGAAAUGUUUAAAUCUGCCCUUCAAUUUAUCGGUCUUCCGUGUGCAAUUAUGAACUUGGAUACGAUUUCCGAGUGUAAUCACUCAUAGAUUUGUUAAAAGCUAUGUUUACAUAGAAAAUGCGUCUAAGCAAGCGCUUCAAGUCGUUCACGACAGUAUCUGUAUCCUGACUUCUGGUUCAUCCAGUCUAUAGUUAAAAAUUCACUCCAUUUCAAAAGAAAUAAAUUUUCGUUAAAAUAAUGUAAAAUAACUAUUGGUUUGAUAAGAUAAAUGGGAAGUCAGGAAUAUUCAAGUGCUCUUUUGGACAUCCGAGUAAUUUUUAUUUACAUACCGUCCCCAUACCACGAUUCUCAUACCAGUAUGUACUUUAAACAUACUGUACACUCAUGUUGACUAACCUUUCAAGGAAUGGUCUAUAAUUUCCAUUAAAUUAAACGCUUCAAAGCGUCUACUAAUUGUAAAAUCGUGGUAUCAUGGUGGAGACUACUUUACUUACUACCGAGUAAGGUAGCUAUAAACUUAUGAUCAUACCAAAUUUUGGCCUUCACCAUUUAUAUGAUUGGUAUUACGAUAUCGAUUGUUGAUGGUAUCUUGUAAUUUGAUUUGUCUUUGAGAUGCUAAGCUACGGGUUUAAACGUUUAAUUUGUACGGAGAGUUGUUGUCCCCCCUUGACAGCUCUUUACCAUGUCGGUUGUAGUAACAGAUGGUUCUACGACGCGACGAGUGUAAUAUUUUUAAGGUUUCAUGUUUUGAUGAAUUCCCAAUGAUGUGCCAAACUCCUGUUAGUAUCGUGUUCAAUGUCAUUCAGAGCAACAAUUACAAAUAAAAAUAUUGUCUUUCAUUG